CGAAAUUAUAGUGGGAGGGAGGGUACUAGGAGUCAAAUCUUUGAGGCCAGAAGACAGGCUAGGAAGCGUCUUUGGACAGGGAAGCUGAAAUAAAGGACUUAUCGCGACCUUUUUCUAUUUUCUUCUCUUUCUUACUCUCCCCCAGGGGAGCUUUUUGCCGCUCGGUUCUGCUGUCUCUGUGAGUCAGUCUGUGGAAGGAGUUUGAACAGGCUGGGGUUUGUUGACUCUUCUCCCCCACUGCUCAGUUGACUGGCCGACCAAAUGUGCGUAAAGGGGCUCAAUAUCAUCGCUGUCCUGUUUGGACUCGCAGCUUCAGGUGUCUUGCAGGUGAGCGGAAUGCGUGUUUACACAUCUGGGGAUGUUGAGGCGGUCAAUGGGACAGACGUUCGUCUCAAAUGCACAUUUGACAGUUCAGCUAAGAUCAACCCUGAACUUGUCAUCGUCUCCUGGACUUUCAAACCCCUUUCAGGAGGCCGAGUAGAUAGGAUUUUUCAUUACCAGCAAAAACCAUAUCUGCCUCCCGAUGGCAUCUUUAAGAAGCGCGUCCAUUGGGCUGGUGAUAUCAUGGGGAGCGAUGCCUCCAUCAUACUUCGGGAGGUCAAGUUCAUCUAUAACGGGACCUACACCUGCCAGGUGACGAAUCCUCCUGAUGUUCAUGGCCCGGUUGGGGAGAUUCGUCUUCGUGUCGUCAAAACAGCUUCUUUCAACGAACUUCUCUACCUGGUCCUGGCCAUUGGAGGUGGCAUCGCCGCUGUGGUCUUUUGUCUCAUAGUCAUCGUGUCCUGCAGGAGAUGCAAGAGGAAACACAGACAGAGGCAGCUGGAGGGCGAUGAAGAGGUUCCCCGCAAAGAGAGGAAAGACCCCACGGCGUGGUAAGACCAAUGAAGUCUAGCAGAUGAAGAGGGGGGACUAAGAGGAGCAGAAGAUUCACACGCUUUCUCUCUUCCUCUGCGAGAGACUCUGGGGAUCAGGGCAUGCUAUGCUCCCUCUUGGGCUCUUUUCCUGCUUCAUGCUUCUCUCUCUUCCUCCAUAUGCGACUCCUGCCUUCAGAUCCCACAUUUGUACCGGUAGCAGGCAGCUGUUGUCAGACAGAAAGUGAGGAAGAAUGUGCCUUUAUAUAGAAAGUUCUCGAUGCUGAACUUUAGCCAUAUUGCUGCUUAGCCUCUGUGGAAUUACUAUGCGCCUUUCAUUUCUCGAGAGAAACAACUGUUUUAUCGAUUCAUCUUUUCCUGUUUAGCUAAAUGGGCCUCCAGCCACAUUUCCUGUUUGGAGUAAAUGUUUUGAUGAAGAAGAUGUAGAACAAUGGUGUAUUCUUGCUGUUUACUUCCCUACUAAUACAAUCCAAGCCCCAUUGUACAAGUGCAGUGCAUGACACGUGUUUGGUGUAUUAUUUCAAGAAACAAUAGAAACAUUGAGCACUUUCCAAGCUUCCAGUGAAAAUGUAUUUGAUCACUUUAUAAAAACCCUGCACAAAGCUCUGAUCAUUUUCAGUGGAGGUAUGUGGUGACUGUCUGAUCUAACCUCUGGGGUUUUGCUUAUAGUGGAUGUCUACACACCCCUGUUAAAAUGCCAGAUAAAAAAUAUUAUCAUCAUGAAUCAACAUUUUCUAUGCAUAUACAUAUAUGUACAUAAACCAGCACUCAAGCCACUUUCUUUAUUCAAUUUCAGCAUUUAGUCUUCUCAGAGAGACACUGUACAAAGGCUAUGAAGAGAUAAGGGUGAAAACACUCACAGCAUUGUUUGUUUUUUUUUUGUUUGUUUGUUUUUUUUCUUUGCAUGGGAUGGAACUUGUAUUCUUUAUGGGCAAAGAGUAAAAUACUUUGUUUCUGAUGAAAAACAACCAGGCUUGCCAACAAAAGCAGCCAAAAUUACACCAUUCCCACUGUGAAAUAUGGCAGUGGUAGCACCAAGAGCUGGGGUUUAUUUUUGGGAGACAGCACUAGUCUUCUUCUUUUAUUUUUUUCUUUUUAAUUUUUUUUAAACAUCUUAAAAAAAUCUCCAGGUGUCUGAAGGAUUUUUUUAAAAAAAAGUAAACCUGAGAGUUUAAGAUAAAGUGUUUUUUUUUUAUCACAUGUUAAAGUCAGCAAAGCAGCUUAAUGAGAGAGAAAAUAUUUUUAUUGCUUAGCUAUAGUUUGGACAUAAAAAUCUGAGGAGGUUCCUGAAGAGGGUUCCUGACUACUGCUGAGUCUUACAGAUUUGAAGAGCUUUUCCAGUGCAGAUAUUGCCAAGUUACGAUGGUGGAUGCUCACUUACUCCUACCAAAGAAAACUGAAUGCUGAAAUUGAAAAGUCGAAUAUUUUACAAUUGUUGCAACGGUUUAUGAUGGUUUCAACUCUUUCAACUCUUCUCCUAAAACCUGGAGUUAUAACAGGGGUGUCAACACUUACAAAGCCACUGACCAUUUCUGUUCGAAAUCACUACUGAAGUCAUGUUACUGUGUUUUUAUUUGCUACUGUGUUCUUAUUUCUGUGAUAUGAUAAAAAAGUGUCUUUCAAUAAUUACACCUGAUUGUAAGCACUUGUUGGAAACAGACUAUUUUUUACAUCUUAAAAUAUUGUACAAAAAUACAAAUAAUUGCAGUUAAUUUUUCUAUUGAUUGAUUUUUUUUUUUUUUUACAUUUUACAUUGUCAUUUUUUAUGUAGCAUUUCUAAUAGCUGGUUGUCUGUUUCAAAUAAUGUGCUGUAUUUUCUUGGGGACCGGAGGUUUCUCUUCCAGUUUGCUGGGUUUUCAGAUCUUUCUGUAAGGGUUGCUUUAACUCUCACCACCACCAGUAGAAAUCACUUCUUUUUCUUUUUUUUUUUCUUUGCUUAUAUCGUUUAUGAUCAUAUUUAUUCAAGCUUCAAAAUAAAUCAUUCAUUCAAAAACUCUGAGAAGGAAGGAAAUGAUUCCGACCCAAAACAAAUGCAGAUGAGUGAACAGAUUGUAUCCAAACUUUUCUCAGCCCAACCCAGUUUGAUGCUAAUCCAUUGUACCCUCCUUCUGUGUUUGUAUUUAUUGGUCUUGGUGUUUUCCUACUUUAUCCCAGCCACCCAUCAAGGGCCGUCCACCUCUACCUGUCAGAGACAUCCAUAGAGAUUGACAGUUCAGAUGGCAUGAUCUCAGACCCCAGCACCGGAGACCCAAGCUCCUCCGAGGAUGAAGGCCCUAGCUCGGAUGAUGAUGGCGGUGACUCUGACUAAGAAGGACCAAACAGAGAUAGGAAUGCUGAUGAGAUCCCAUCAGUAAAUGUCCUGGAAGGAGGCUCUAAGGGCACCUUUGGAUUGCACUCUUCUGCUAAGCAGAGGCUUGCUGAAGGAAGUGCCGCUGCGGUGAAAGUGAGAAGAUAAUGAAAAUGUGAGGAAAAACGAAGAAUAUGAAUCUUUUGGAGGGGAAAUAAAAAACAAGAUUUCUGUAGAGAUCUCAGAUGAAUUUCAAUGCUUGGAAGCAGUUCUAAAGUAAAACAGCAUUCCUGUUUGGAGGGUCCAUAAAUGUUUGAGGAAAUGAAACGGUGGAUCAAACUCGAACAAAACCCCAAAGCUUAUGUGACAAACUGGAUUGUGGACUUAAAGCUGGCCUGGCUAAUGUGGAGAGUAUGUUUAGCUUUUGUUGGAGCUUUCUGCUGGUUUACACAUGAAUCUUCUUAGCAGAACAAAUGUUUGCUGUAAUACUGAGCCACACAAAGUGUGUUACAUUUCGUGAGUUGUCCAAAGACUGUUUUUAACAUGGAAAUAUCUCCAGUUAUUUGUAGAGAUACACAAAUUAAUCAUCUGAUUGAUUUCCAGCUUGAUGUGCGCUGACCGGUGACUAUACCCAAACACCAACAAGUCCAGGUUACAACAACACUCUUUCAUGUAGGUGCUGUUACCGGUGAAGAGGACUCGGUUGGCUAUUUUCAGUAUGUGAGUUGUUUAACAAUGAAGUCAGAACAUGGAGAUGUAAGAACCUACCAAAAAGGAAACAUGACAACACUUGUGUGCAGUUCACUGAGGCUGCGACAGAGCGAGAUGGAGCAAUACUUUCAGAAGGUAACAGGAAGGCUGAAUGUAAUACACCAACGUUGCACUCUUUAAUCCUUCAGAACGCCUUUCAACCUCUGUCUGUCAUGAGAAAUGGUGGAUUAAGAAAUGUUGGCAGUUUUUUGGAAAUCUCAAAGCUGUGAUAAAGAUUUC